AUGAUUACUGCAGUAACAGGUAUUGACCUGAUAGCAAAGAAGUUUAGUAAACAUCAAACAUGCUAUAUCAACUACACACGAAUUUCAAGAGAAACAAAAACAAAAAAUUCAGCUCCUUCUUCUGAAAGAGAUACUACCGGUGACUUUCAAUCGGUUUGCAACGUGAUUGAAAAGCUUGUGCUAUGGCAACAAAAAUGUGUUUCAAUGGAAACCAUAGUUUCUGUUUCAAAGGCCAUCGAGGCAAAAAUGCAAUCUGAACAACAUUUUUCCGACGAAGGUAGAGGGCACUUUGCCACCGGAAAGGGCCUGCCCCCGCCCCUCCCGGUUCCUACGCCCUACACCAAAGAUAUUAUAUUACCGGAAGAUCAAUUCCGGUCGGUAGUCUCUACGAGCCUUAAGGACCACAGUUUUCAAAAAAGCUAUAGUUUAACGUCUUGAAUGUUGUUGUCAGGCUAUCUGAGAGAUCGAUGAAUCAAUUUUUAAAAUUGCGAAUUCUGCACGUAUAUAUACAAUGCAAAUACGUGAUCGCCAAAUACAAAUUGAGCUGAACCGCGGAGUCUUCAGCGAAGGCACUUCGUCUGAAAGUUAGGACUCCUACAAGUCCUGGUGAAUAGGGUUUAUUAUUUUAAAUUAACAGAAUUGAAUAUGAGCAACUGUAUACACGCAAGCGUAUUACUACAAACAGAUAAACAAAUAUAGAUAUCUAAAUAUGAACAAGAAAGAAAUCUGUGCAAUAUCAGGGAUACUCUGUAGAUAAGUGUACCCUCUUUACAUAAACAUAUUUGACAAAUCCAUACUGAUGAAAUCUGUUAGGGGGCUGUUGACCAAUCUCGUACGAGAUUGGCUGUUAGCCUGUUGACACGAGCCGGGCCUGCCUCGCCGGAUGAAUCAUGAUUUUUUCCAAGAAAGGUCGUUCCGUGAUUAUGAAAGAUCCCUGGAAAGCUGAAUACUGUUACUGGAAUCCGCAAACUAAGCUAAUUUAACUGUAAUUAAAUCCAAAACAAAAAUUGUUAACAGUUUCAUUUUCAUUCGAGAAUGAAAUUGUUAACAAUUUACCGAGUGUUGAAUUAGAAAUCUCUGUGGCAACCGUAAUUUUCAUCCAACUUUGAAAUGUCAUUUUGGAUAUGUUUAUCAAAACCGGCAAUAACUUUAUUGCACCAGCCCUGCUAAAUAUGGCAUAAUCGGCGUUUUAAAACCUUGUAAAUCUUAAAUUACUCUUCGGCAAUUUAAUAUAUAGCGUCAGCGCGGAAAUUCCUGCAUUAUGGGUGCAGUCAUGGUUACUUAAAAUUUGCAUGAAAGCAAGUGAUUAUAAUUUAGUUUAAAUACAAUUUGUAUUAAGUGGAAACCGAAAUAUAUCAGGGUUGUUAACUGUUAAGCUGAAUCGAAGACACAACAAAUCUACAGCGAAAUGAUUUCAUUUCAUGUAAAAUCUGUCGUUUGCGUUGGUUUGGUCGCAUGUGUAUAAUGGCGGUACGGUGAUGGUGAGAUUUUUGCUCUAAGCGGUUAAUGACCCAUAUAAUGAGAUUCUGGUCUGCCUUUGUUCCCUUUAAAGAGUGUUAAUUCCGCUCCUUUAUAAUCCAAGUCACCAACGACAUGAUCAGCAACCAAGUUCACAACACACUUUCAAAUUGUCAUUGAGAAAACUAAUUGCCGCCGAACUCAAUGUGAGUCAGGCUAUGUAAGAAAUCACGCGAUUUUGUAGGAAAUCACGCAAUUUUGUAAGAAAUCACGUGAUUUUGGCAAAAAUAAUGGACUGCGGAGAAAACCAUUGCUGUUUGAACCACUUUUGCUUUCGCCAGAAAAUUUCGUCUCUGAAUUCGUUUUGACCAUGUUUAAAUGAAAGCAAUAAGCGGCAUCUCGACCUGCUGAGGAGAAAAGCUGCGAAAUAUUGAUGGCUAGUUUCCUCUAUGUGUGUUUUUUAUUCAGUUUUUAACAUUUUCCUCCCAAAUAUCGCAGCGGAAACUAAACAACUACAAGGAUUGUGUGUCGUGACGUCAAUAUAACUUUCCGAAUAACACUUAGCCGUGGCUACAUAGCUUCGUUUCCGUGAUCAGGAUACAUCGGCCGUUAGAGCGCCUUAUCCUGUUUCUAUGAUAUAAUUAUAAACAGGUCACUUUAUUUUCACUAUAAUAUAACUGAAUGAUUUCGCAAAUGUGUCAUUUGUAACAUGAUAAAAGACUCUAAAUAAACUGAAAAUCUCAAUCACAAAAACGAGGCUUUAUGGCCAAGAAUGAACACUUUCUGGAAGGAUGUACAAGUUAACAUGCACCGUGGGCCGUAAACGAACGAAAUUCAAUAUAGCCUCAUUAAGAAACGAGACAAUCGUUAAAUCACUGCUCCUUAUUGGCUGCCGCCACUCCAAUGGACCUAUAUUCCCUAAUGAACAAAAUUUUGACCUAUACAAGUCUAGAUAACUUCAUCACAGAUUAAAAGAGCAUUACAAAAUUAGUAAUGUUCCGAAGUUUCGUUGCGAAAUGUAGUAAAAUGCGAAUAAUAUAGCCCUGCGAAGUUUGCCGUUUUUCAGUCAUUUUGUAUUACGCACGCGGGAAAUUGAUAGACCGCUUUCUGAAAAAGGUAUCAAUUUCCCGCGCGUUGAAAAAAUGUUCGAAGAGCGAUCUUCUGGCACUCAACGAAAAGUAGGAUUGACUUCUACUUUUCGUCCAGCGCCUGACAACCGCCAAAUUUUUAACUAAUGCCUUGUACUUUAGUUUAUUGGUGGUAUAGUACAUUGUCAUAAAAGUCAUCAAGUGGAGAUUCGCCUAAUAGCAAUCGAAGCGUUUGCAUGCGAUUCGUCAUCGCGACGCGAAUUUUCAAUUUUCAAUGACAUUUAACUUUACUAUUUUUCUAUGUUUUUCAAAUAUUCGGAACCACUUAAGCAAUUUGGUCUGCAUAUCUUGUAAAUUUUUUUGAAAAUUCGCGUCGCGUUGUCGAAUCGCGUUCGGUCUGUAUGGGCCUUUAAGGUCCAUACAGACCGAACCCGAUUCGACAACCCGACGCGAAUUUUCAGUUUUUAAAAAGAAAUAAAACCGUCAACGGAUAAAAAAUUUACAAGAUAUGUAGACCAAAUAACUAAAAUUGCUUAAGUAGUUCCGAAUAUUUGAAAAGCAUAGAAAAAUAUUGAAGUUAAUUUAAUUAAAUGUCAUUGAAAAUUGAAAAUCGCGUCGCGUUGCCAAAUCGCGUCCGGUUUGUAUGGACCUAUAAUGACGUCAAACGCGAAAAAACAAUUUAUGCAUUGUCAUUGUCUGCGUUUGACGUCAUUAUAAGAAGGUCUAUUUGUCGUUUAAUUUUAACAAGCAGUAUGCAUAUGUGAUCUCAUUUGCACAUAUUAUUAUAUGACAAAUUUACAUGACUGAAAAAAACGUUCAGUAAAAAACAAAUUUCAAAGAAACAAGACAUCUUGAGAAUACAAUACUUCAAAAUAAGACGCAGGUUGAGACUGUAAAUUUUCGAAUAACUUCCUUUACGUGCUUCGGUGCAUGUUAACUAAUGAGGAAGUUCCUUCGUUUACGUGCUUCCGUGCAUGUUAACUAGUGCAAGGGCUGAAUAUAAAGAGCGUUUGUCCCGCUGUGUCUGCAUGAAACUGCAACAGUCAGAUUGUGCUGUCGCUUAAAACCUUAGUUUAAGUUAUAUUUGGUAUUUUGUUAGGUAUGGAUGAAGUUACAGUAGAGUUCGACUACAAUCGGAACGAAAACACCACAAGACAUCAUACAAAUGAAUAUGAGAACGACGUCUUAGUACUACGUCGCGGUGCGAUGUUUGAUUUAGGACUCAUAUUUAAUGAUGUUGCUCCUCAAGAUAUUCAAGAGCCUGUUCUACAAUUUAGUAUUG